AUGACGGACGAAGAACAGAGGGCCCUGGCCGUCAAGACGGUGGCGGCCGUCUUUAUGCCCAUAGCCACCAUCGCGGUGAUGUUGCGAUGCUACGUCCGUGGCUGGAUGGUGAAAGCCUUCGGAUGGGAUGAUGGUGCGAUGGUUGUUGCGGCGCUGUUCUAUGUGAUGUUCAGUGCUUGCACGAUCGGGGGCACUCUUUACGGCACAGGAUAUAAGUUUAUUAACCUUGAGAGCCAAGACCGCGUGACCGCGAUGAAGUAUUGGUGGUACUGCGAAGUCGCGUACUGUCUUGCAUCGAUCUUCGCCAAGAUCUCCAUUUGCAUCUUCUUGAUGCGGAUCACGAUCAAGAGGGUUCAUAACUGGAUCCUGUACAUCGUGAUGGUCCUGACAGUACUGGCUGGUCUCGUAUUUUUCUUCCUCAUGCUCCUCCAAUGCAAACCUGUCAACUAUUUCUGGAACCGCACUGCCAUGGAUCCUGCUAUCGAGGGCUACUGCAUCAGCAUCAACAUCAUUAUCACCAUGACAUAUGUAUACAGCGCCUUUGCCGCCCUGUGUGAUUUUACAGUUGGCAUCCUGCCAAUCUUCAUUGUUCACAAUCUUCACAUGAAGAAGCAGGCCAAACUGGCCGUCGUCGGAAUCCUGAGCAUGGCCUGCGUUGCUUCGGCAGCUGUGAUCAUUCGUUUCCCCUUCGUGAAGACGUUCGCGAACCCUGACUUCCUGUAUUCCACCUAUCAGAUCGCAGUCUGGUCCAACGUCGAAGCUGCCCUCGGCAUCACGGCAGGUAGCCUUGCCACCCUCCGACCACUUCUCCGCCAAUGGAUCGGUUCUCGCUCCGGGAGUGAUUACACCGGAUUUCCUCGACAGUCAGCAUCGCGCCGUAUCGGCAACAGCGCGCAACAUCCAGUGCCACUAGGAUCAAUGGAUGGAGAGAACAAAAGCGGAUUAAGGCCAGACAAGCUGGCCGUUGUGGUGACCAAUAUCCAUGGUCAAACGAGGAAAGGCAGCAAUUGGACUUUGUCCCCCGGUUCCAAUAGCAGUGAGGAUGAACUGACAAACAGUUCAAGUCCACCUCACCCCGCCAGGAUCGAGGUCGGCGUCCACCGUACGUUCGAGGUCACUCAGUCGACCGUGGAUGGCGACAGCGUUGGGUCUCGGCGGGAUAUCAGGGAGCAUGUAUAA